AUGGCAGGACCAUCACUUUUAGAGAUACUUUUCUUUUUCCUUCCCGUUUCGAUUGCAUUCCUUAUCGGACUUUUGCUCGGAUGGGUUUGGAAACCCAGAUGGGCAACGUUAGAUUCCACGUCCGACAACAACAACAACAACAACGUCGACGACAAACUCACUCCCUUACCUCCUUCCGAUGAUUUAUCGAAGAAGGAUCGUGCUUCUUGCUUGUCUAUCGAAAACGAAGUGUGCAGUAAUGUUUUCUUGACUAGUUCAUCGCAAGAGAAGAAGGAAGAAGAGCCCCUUCCUGUGACAGAUGAAGAUUUAGAGCACUUGUGCCGUCUUGUGGAGAGGAGUGACGGAGGACCGUCGUGGAAACACAUGAUGGAUCGUUCUACGCCUAAUAUGACCUAUCAAGCAUGGCAAAGAGAUCGGGAGGUUGGACCUCCUCAAUAUUGUAGUCGAACUGUGUACGAGGACGCUACCCCCGAGUUGCUUAGAGACUUCUUCUGGGAUGAUGAGUUCCGUUUGGAAUGGGAUGACAUGCUUUUACACGCUUCUACCAUCGAAGAAUGCCCAACUACAGGAACCAUGGUGGUACAUUGGGUUCGCAAGUUCCCCUUUUUUUGUAGCAACAGAGAAUACAUCAUUGGCCGCCGGAUUUGGGAAUCUGGAAGAUCAUAUUUUUGCGUGACAAAGAGCGUUCCGUGCUCCUCAAUCCCAAGGAGGGACAAGCCAAGACGUGUGGACCUCUAUUACUCGAGUUGGUCAAUAAAACCAGCUGCAUCGAAGAAAGGGAAUGGAGAACUUACGGCAUGCGAAGUGGUGCUUUUCCAUCAUGAAGACAUGGGAAUUCCAUGGGAGAUUGCAAAAUUCGGUAUAAGGCAGGGAAUGUGGGGAGCCGUAGGGAAGAUUGAACGAGGUUUGCGUGCUUAUCAGAAGUAUAAAGCUACUGGGCCGCCACUGUCGCGAUCUGCAUUCAUGGCUCAGAUUAACUCGAAAGCGAAUCCGGAAUACUUGAAAUCAGCCGAAUGUGCUGCUGCUUCUGAAAGAUCGGAGGAGACAGAGUUGGAAAUGAUGGGCUUUGGCUCUGGUGGUGGUGAUGAGAAGAAUAUGAAGAAAGGGGAGAGCAGCUUGAACAUACCCAAGCUAGUGGUGUUUGGUGGGGCCAUUGCUCUUGCUUGUAGUCUUGAUCGAGGGCUCUUGACCAAGGCAGUGAUAUUCGGAGUGGCUAGAAGGUUUGCAAACAUUGGAAGGAGAUUGUAAAGAAUGAAGUGUCUCAACUCACAACAUGAUUCAUUACUUUUUUUUUUUUUUAGUUGUGGUCUUCUUUAAUGUGUUCCUAUAUACUUAAAACUCGCAAAAGUACUUUUAUAUAAGAUUUUUCACAAAGUU